AUGGGAGAAGGGAUGCGCGUCGAAGCCAUGGACAUCGACGCCCAUCCCCACAGCGGCCACGGCGACGUUGACGACGACGGCAAGGAGAGGAGGACAGGGACGGUAUGGACGGCGACGGCGCACAUCAUCACGGCGGUGAUCGGCUCCGGCGUGCUGUCGCUGGCGUGGGCGAUGGCCCAGCUGGGUUGGGUGGCCGGGCCGGUGAUCCUGCUGCUCUUCGCGGCCAUCACCUACUACAUGUGCGGCCUCCUCGCCGACUGCUACCGCGUCGACGACCCUGUCACCGGCAAGCGCAACUACACCUACACCGAAGCUGUCGAGUCCUACCUGGGUGGGUGGUAUGUCUGGUUCUGCGGCUUCUGCCAGUAUGUCAACAUGUUCGGCACCGGCAUCGGCUACACCAUCACAGCGUCCGUCAGUGCUGCGGCUAUCCUCAAGUCGAACUGCUUCCACUGGCACGGGCACGACGCGGACUGCACCCAAAACACGAGCUCGUACAUCAUGGCGUUCGGGGUGGUGCAAGUCAUCUUCAGCCAGCUCCCCAACUUCCACGAGCUCUGGUGGCUCUCCGUUGUUGCUGCCGUCAUGUCCUUCUCCUACGCCACCAUCGCCGUCGGCCUCGGCCUCGCGCAGACCAUGUCAGGUCCCACGGGGAAGACGACGCUGACUGGCACGGAGGUUGGAGUGGAUGUUGACUCAGCGCAGAAGAUAUGGAUGACGUUCCAGGCCCUCGGCAACAUCGCAUUUGCCUACUCUUAUACCAUAAUCCUCAUUGAAAUCCAGGACACGCUGCGCGCUCCCCCGGCCGAGAACAAGACGAUGCGGCAAGCGACGAUCAUGGGCGUCUCGGCUACGACGGCAUUCUACAUGCUGUGCGGCUGCCUGGGCUACUCGGCGUUCGGCAACAGCGCGCCGGGGAACAUCCUCACCGGCUUCUACGAGCCCUACUGGCUGGUGGACUUUGCCAACGUGUGCAUCGUCCUCCACCUCGUGGGCGGGUUCCAGGUGUUCCUGCAGCCGUUGUUCGCGGCGGUGGAGGGCGCCGUGGCAUCUCGGUGCCCCAGUUCGACGCGGGAGUACGGCGGCGUGAACGUGUUCCGUCUGGUGUGGCGCACGGCGUUCGUGGCCGUGAUCACCCUGGCCGCCGUCCUGCUGCCCUUCUUCAACAGUAUCCUGGGCAUCCUGGGCAGCGUGGCCUUCUGGCCGCUCACCGUGUUCUUCCCCGUGGAGAUGCACAUACGGCAGCGGCAGGUCCCGCGGUUCAGCGCCAGGUGGGUGGCGCUGCAGAGCCUCAGCUUCGUCUGCUUCCUCAUCACCAUCGCCGCCUGCGCUUCGUCCGUGCAGGGCGUGUUCGACUCGCUCAAGACCUACAAGCCCUUCGAGACCAGGUCGUGA